AUGGCGUCUUCUCCAUUGCCGGUAGCAUACCAAGCAUGGACAAGUCUAGCAGUACCAGAUUGGUUAAACAAAGGAGACAACACAUGGCAAAUGGUAUCGGCCACCCUGGUUGGAAUCCAAAGCAUGCCGGGGCUCGUGAUUCUCUACGGCAGCAUAGUAAAAAAGAAAUGGGCAGUUAACUCAGCUUUCAUGGCGCUUUACGCUUUUGCGGCGGUUAUAAUCUGUUGGGUUACAUGGGCUUAUAAGAUGUCAUUUGGUGAACAACUUUUGCCCUUUUGGGGUAAGGCCGGGCCGGCUUUGGGCCAGAAAUUUUUGAUCAAUCAGGCCGGGCUACCGGCUACGGCGCAUUACUUUCACGAUGGACAAGUUGAAACCAGUGAAGCUACGCCGUUUUAUCCGAUGGCGACUAUGGUUUGGUUUCAGUGUGUUUUUGCGGCUAUUUCGGUUGUUAUAUUAGCUGGUUCGGUUUUGGCGAGGAUGAGUUUUAAGGCGUGGAUGAUGUUUGUGCCUCUUUGGUUAACUUUUUCUUAUACAAUUGGUGCUUUUAGUUUGUGGGGUGGUGGUUUUUUGUUUCAAUGGGGUGUUAUGGAUUAUUCUGGUGGUUAUGUUAUCCACCUUUCUUCUGGAAUUGCUGGUUUCACUGCUGCUUAUUGGGUGGGGCCAAGAUCAAAGAAAGACAGAGAGAGAUUCCCACCAAACAACGUGUUACUAACGUUGGCAGGGGCAGGUUUACUAUGGUUAGGAUGGGCAGGUUUCAAUGGUGGAGAUCCUUAUUCAGCCAACACUGAUUCCUCCAUGGCUGUUCUAAACACAAACAUUUGUGCUGCCACUAGCCUUUUGGUUUGGACAUGGCUUGAUGUCAUUUACUUCAAGAAACCAUCUGUAAUUGGAGCUGUUCAAGGCAUGAUCACCGGCCUUGUUUGCAUCACUCCCGGAGCUGGUCUGGUUCAAGGAUGGGCAGCCAUAGUAAUGGGUGUACUAUCAGGAAGCGUACCAUGGUACACAAUGAUGGUACUUGGAAAAAAGUUCACAAUAUUUCAAAAGGUUGACGACACCCUCGCCGUCUUCCACACUCACGCGGUGGCCGGCCUACUAGGCGGUAUACUCACCGGCCUAUUCGCCGAGCCAACACUAAGUUCUCUCUUUCUCCCCGUCACGAACUCCAAAGGCGGUGUCUACGGAGGCUCCGGUGGCGUCCAAAUCCUCAAACAAAUAGUUGGAGCAUUAUUCAUCAUUGGAUGGAACAUUGUUGCCACUUCAAUUAUUUGUGUAGUUGUAGGUUUUUGUGUUCCUUUAAGAAUGACGGAGGAAGAGUUGCUUAUUGGAGAUGAUGCUGUUCAUGGUGAAGAAGCUUAUGCUUUGUGGGGUGAUGGAGAGAGACUUAGUCUCUAUAAAGAUGAUACUACACGACAGGGAGUCUUGGCUUCAAGUGGUGCCACUCAAGUUGUUUAG